GUUCUCUUUGACGAAAGCAAGAUGUCUGCGUCCUGAGCGCAAUGUGAAAAUAAACUACCUGUGUACUUCUGACUAUAUGCAACCUUGAGACUUUUUAUAAGCCAAAGUUUUUUUUUGUAGUGAAAUCACAGUGGAGCUUGCUGAACUUGUGUGAAAUGGCUUUACGCGUGUGUCAUUCCAUUUUCAGAAAAUCUCUUCGCAGAGCAAUCAACACAAACUUCACUGCGCCACUCGAAAAUGCGUCACCAUCCCUUCAAACAGGUUCUUCGACUCUUCGUCUCCGGACAAAUAGGCAAACUGUCUUUCACUUCACUCCUGCCUGUUCUAUUGCUUCGGGGGUGAUUUUGGACAGAUUGGUAAAAGCCAAAGCGACAGACACAAAUGACGGUCUUGGUCUCCGUCCAACAGCAGUCCCACCAGAGCCAGCUGAGCACCUGUCUCUCCUUCUGAGACAUCCAGAUCAACCUGAGAAUCCUAGACUUAUCAGAGUUGCAGUCGUUGGUGCCCCAAAUGCUGGAAAAUCAACACUAACAAACCAGCUGCUUGGAAGGAAGGUGUUUGCGGUCUCAAAGAAAGUACACACAACCAGAUCUCGUGCUCUUGGUGUUUUUACAGAGGAUGACACCCAAAUUAUUUUACUUGACACUCCUGGACUCACCACCCCAGCAAAGGCAAAAAGACACCAGCUGGAGGACUCCCUGCUUGUGGAUCCGUCAAAUUCUUUACAAGAAGCUGACCUUGUCGUGGUACUGGUGGAUGUGUCAGACAAGUGGACCCGCAACAGACUGGACUUUGAGGUGCUGAAGUGUCUUGCCCAGUAUCCACACAUCCCAGCUGUCCUUGUCCUCAAUAAGGUGGACCUGCUAAAGAGCAAAGCCAUGUUAUUGGACCUUACUGCUGAGCUGACUGAGGGGGUGGUCAAUGGCAAAAGUAUAAGAGUCAAGGGAUCUACAGCAGCAGCAACAACAAGCGCAGUCCAGAAGAGAGGCAAUGUUGAGGAACCAGACCCUACAGGCAAAAGACCCGCAGAGCCGGUCACAGGUGACCACAACCCUCGAAAUCUGAGCAAAGAAGAACAGAGGAAGCUGCGGUCGCAGAGAGGAUGGCCACAUUUCAAGGACGUGUUCAUGGUGUCCGCCUUGGAUGGAGAGGACGUUGAGACACUGAUGAGGUAUUUUAUGGUUGAGGCAAAGCCUGGCUCAUGGCUAUACCAUAGUGAGGUUUUGACAGACCAGAGUCCUGAAGAAAUGUGUACAAAUACCAUCAGAGAGAAACUUCUGGAGUACCUUCCUCAGGAGGUGCCAUAUACCAUGACCCAGCGAAUUGAACUUUGGAAUGAGCUGGAGAGUGGAGCACUGGUCAUAUCUGUGAAACUGUAUGUGAAGAAAGACGGUCAUAUGUCUUUUCACACAGAAAAUGGUGAUUGGCUCAGGUGGCCAAUUGAUUUCCAAAAUUGCACGUGAGGCGGGUGAAGAUCUAGCACAGAUAUUCCUACGGGACGUGCAGCUGAAGAUCACAGCCAAGGUGAAGAACUGAGGAUGUCUGCAGUGUUGAUCUCAGAAAAGGACUUUUCAUCUGUGCCAGCUGACUUAUGGCCUGUCACUUCAACAUGCAGUCUCUCAACUCUGUUUUUGACCCCAAAACCCAGUACUGCAGUUUGUCUGUUAAUUCAGUGAUGUUUUUCGUACAAGACAUAUACCGACGAAGUAACGGACAAGUUGCACGUGUUGACAACUACCACCAGUUGUGGUGGCUGACUGAUAAGGAAAAUGUAUGAGGCUUUUUUAGUAUGUCUUCGUGUUGCUAUAUCUGUCUUAUUGUUUGACCAGAAAAGGUUUCAUAAUGCUCGGUAUUAUAAUUUAUAUAAAUAAACUGUAUUUGGCAAUAACCUACAGGCCUAUUAAAACAAGAUUGACAAAA